AUGUGGCUGUUCCAGGCAGUGAUGGUGGCUGUUCCAGGCAGUGAUAUAACACUUACAACUGUGCCGUGCAAUGAUGUAACACUUGUGACUGCACCAGGGAAUGAAGCAACAUCUGUCGGUACACCUGGCAGUGUUAUAACACUCGUGACUGUACCAUACACUGUUGUAACACUUGUAGCAGCACCAGGGAAUGAGAUAACACCUGUGGCUGUUCCAGGCAGCAGUGAUAUAACACUUACGACUGUACCGUGCAAUGAUGUAACACUUGUGACUGCACCAGGGAAUGACGGAACAUCUGUCGGUACACCAGGAAGUGUUAUAACACUCGUGACUGUACCAUACACUGUUGUAACACUUGUGGCUGCACCAGGAAAUGAGAUAACACCUGUGGCUGUUCCAGGCAGCAGUGACGUUACACCUGUGAAGGUACCAGGCAGUGAUAUAACACUUACGACUGUACCGUGCAAUGAUGUAACACUUGUGACUGCAUCAGGGAAUGAAGCAACAUCUGUCGGUACACCUGGCAGUGUUAUAACACUCGUGACUGUACCAUACACUGUUGUAACACUUGUAGCUGCACCAGGGAAUGAGAUAACACCUGUGGCUGUUCCAGGGAGUGAUGUUACACCAGUGGCUGUUCCAGACAGCAGUGAUAUAACACUUACAACUGUACCGUGCAAUGAUGUAACACUUGUGACUGCACCAGGGAAUGAAGCAACAUCUGUCGGUACACCUGGCAGUGUUAUAACACUCGUGACUGUACCGUACAAUGUUGUAACACUUGUAUCAGCACCAGGGAAUGAGAUAACACCUGUGGCUGUUCCAGGCAGCAAAGCUGUUACACUUGUUGCUAUUCCAGGCAGUGACGUUACACCUGUGAAGGUACCAGACAUUGAUAUAACACUUACAACUGUACCGUGCAAUGAUGUAACACUUGUGACUGCAUCAGGGAAUGACGGAACAUCUGUCGGUACACCUGGCAGUGUUAUAACACUCGUGACUGUACCAUACACUGUUGUAACACUUGUAGUAGCACCAGGGAAUGAGAUAACACCUGUGGCUAUUCCAGGCAGCACCUGUUUGGUGUGUUACACUGUGGCCAGGCAUGAUGUUACACCUGUGGCUGUCCCAGGCAGUGACGUUACACCUGUGGCUGUUCCAGGCAAAGCUGUUACACUUGUUGCUGUUCCAGGCAGUGACGUUACACCUGUGAAGGUACCAGGCAGUGAUAUAACACUUACAACUGUACCGUGCAAUGAUGUAACACUUGUGACUGCAUCAGGGAAUGACGGAACAUCUGUCGGUACACCUGGCACUGUUAUAACACUCGUGACUGUACCAUACACUGUUGUAACACUUGUGGCUGCACCAGGGAAUGAGAUAACACCUGUGGCUGUUCCAGGCAGUGAUGCUACACCUGUGGUUGUUCCAGGCAGGAAUGAAGCAACAUCUGUCGGUACACCUGGCAGUGUUAUAACACUCGUGACUGUACCAUACACUGUUGUAACACUUGUAGCUGCACCAGGGAAUGAGAUAACACCUGUGGCUAUUCCAGGCAGUGAUGUUACACCUGUGGCUGUUCCAGGCAGUGAUAUAACACUUACGACUGUACCGUGCAAUGAUGUAACACUUGUGACUGCAUCAGGGAAUGAAGCAACAUCUGUCGGUACACCUGGCAGUGUUAUAACACUCGUGACUGUACCAUACACUGUUGUAACACUUGUGGCUGCACCAGGGAAUGAGAUAGCACCUGUGGUUGUUCCAGGCAGCAGUGAUGUUACACUGUGGCUGUUCCAGGUGCACUGCAGUGAUGUUACCUGUGGCUGUUCCGGCACUGUGGCUGUUCCAGGCAGUGAUGUUACACCUGUGGCUGUUCCAGUGAUGUUACCUGUGGCUGUUCCAGGCAGUGAUGUUACACCUGUGGUGUUCCCAGGCGUGAUGUACACCUGCAGUGACGUUACACCUGUGAAGGUACCAGGCAGUGAUAUAACACUUACAACUGUACCAUGCAAUGAUGUAACACUUGUGACUGCAUCAGGGAAUGAAGCAACAUCUGUCGGUACACCUGGCAGUGUUAUAACACUCGUGACUGUACCAUACACUGUUGUAACACUUGUAGCAGCACCAGGGAAUGAGAUAACACCUGUGGCUGUUCCAGGCAGGAAUGAAGCAACACCUGUCGGUACACCAGGAAGUGUUAUAACACUCGUGACUGUACCAUACACUGUUGUAACACUUGUAGCUGCACCAGGGAAUGAUAUAACACCUGUGGCUGUUCCAGGCAGCGUUACCUGGAAGGUACCAGGCAGUGAUAUAACACUUACAACUGUACCGUGCAAUGAUGUAACACUUGUGACUGCAUCAGGGAAUGAAGCAACAUCUGUCGGUACACCUGGCAGUGUUAUAACACUCGUGACUGUACCAUACACUGUUGUAACACUUGUAGCAGCACCAGGGAAUGAGAUAACACCAGUGGUUGUUCCAGGCAGAACACCUGUGGCUGUUCCAGGCUGUGAUAUUACACCUGUGGUUGUUCCAGGCAAAGAUGUUACACCUGUGGUUGUUCCAGGCAGUGAUGUUGCACCUGUGGCUGUUCCAGGCCACCUGUGGCUGUUCAGGCAGUGA